AUGAAGACCGAAGAGCUGUCGCAACUUGCGGCGGGUCUCGCAGCCCCAGAUUUCAAAGCCAUUGAGCCACAUCUCAUUGCCUUGGACAAGCAUCUCACUUUGAGAACCUAUAUUGAAGGAUACACCAUUGGCGAGGCUGAUACGAAAAUCUGGGUCACAAUUCGAAGCAACAAGGUUGCAAAUGCUUUCCUGAAGAAAGGAGCUCUUGUUAACCUGGGAAGAUGGUUUACUUAUAUCGAGCAAACCCAUCCGGAAAUACAAGAGGAAAUCAAGGUGAAGGAUGAGGCCGAAAGGGCGAGGAAGGCGGCGUUGAGCAAAGCUGGGGCGAGUUACAAUAUGGCUUUGCAGGAUACUGAGAAGGGAGUUGUUACUAGGUUUCCCCCGGAGCCAUCUGGAUAUCUACAUAUUGGUCACGCCAAAGCUGCACUUCUUAACGAUUACUUCGCACACGAACUCUACAAGGGCACCCUACUCCUCCGAUUCGACGAUACAAACCCUUCGAAAGAGAAGCAGGAAUUCCAAGAUGCUAUUGUUGAGGAUCUUGCUCUCAUGGGUAUCAAGCCAGACAAGACAAGCUAUACUAGCGACCACCUCGAAGUUCUAUACCAAUACUGCAUUCGUAUGAUCAAGGAAGGUCAUGCCUAUGCAGACGAUACAAACCAGGAGACUAUGAAAUCUGAGAGAAUGGAUGGUAUUGCUAGCAAGAACCGAGACAAGUCGGUUGAGCAAAAUCUUGCCAUUUUGGAGGAGAUGAAGGCAGGAACAGAGGUCGGACUAAAGAACUGCAUUCGUGCAAAAAUGUCCGUGGACAACCCCAACAAGGCUAUGCGUGAUCCUGUUAUCUAUCGUUGCAACCUCAUUCCUCAUCACCGGACUGGCGAUACCUGGAAGAUGUACCCUACGUACGAUUUUGCCUGCCCAAUUGUCGACUCUCUCGAGGGUGUCACGCAUGCCCUGAGAACAACCGAAUACACAGAUCGCAAUCCUCAAUACCAAUGGUUCCUCGAUACCCUGAAGCUGCGCCAGGUCCAUAUGUGGGAUUUUGCAAGAAUGAACUUCAUCCGGACCGAACUGUCAAAACGGAAAUUGACCAAGCUGGUAGACGCUGGAACCGUUUGGGGAUGGGAUGACCCUCGAAUGCCUACCAUUCGUGGUGUCCGAAGACGAGGCAUGACCAUUCCCGCGCUUCGAGAUUUCAUCCUCAAGCAAGGACCUAGUCGAAACAUCGUUGUAAUGGACUGGACCAAUUUCUGGGCUUCCAACAAGAAAGAAAUCGACCCGAUCGCACCCCGCCACACGUCAGUCGACGCUAUCAACGCUGUCAAAGCAACUGUUCUCAACGGGCCAGAGAAGCCAUACACCGAAGAUAAGCCUAAACACAACAAAAACCCGGCUGUGGGAACCAAGAAAGUUGCAUACAGCAAAAACCUCCUCUUUGAUCAAGAAGAUGCUAAGCUCUUCAAGCAAGACGAGGAAAUUACCCUUAUGAACUGGGGUAAUGCCUAUGUCCGUAAAAUUGUCGGCUCCGACCCAGUCACCGCUCUCGAGCUCGAACUGCAUCUUGAAGGUGAUGUUAAAAAGACCGAGAAGAAAGUCACCUGGCUAUCCGAGGACCAGGAUCUCGUCAAGGCUGAAGUCUACGAGUUCGACUACCUGAUGACGAAGGACAAGCUUGAGGAGGGCGACAACUGGGAGGAUUUCGUCAAUCCGAAUAGCAGUAGCAAGAUCGAGGCGCUGGUGGAUGCAAAUGCCCCAGAUUUGAAGGCGGAUGAUAUUAUUCAGUUGGAGCGGAAGGGGUAUUAUAGGGUUGAUAAAGCGGCCGAGGGAGGGAAGGGGUUGGUCUUAUUUGGAAUUCCUACAGGGAAGACGAAGUAA